CGCAAACUCCCGGAUGUCGAUUUCGGUGGCCAUUUUGUAAUUCAUAAACAGUUCUGACAACGAUUUGUUUUUCUUCGGAAAAAAUACUUUCUCAUUUAGAAUGGCACAGAACCCAGCUGGAGGGCCCAGUGGCCCAUCGUCGGAGGGUGGACCAAGGGACAUGGGCAGCAAACGUCUGCAGCAGACACAGGCUCAAGUGGACGAGGUUGUGGACAUUAUGCGGGUAAACGUAGAUAAAGUUCUGGAGCGUGAUCAGAAAAUAUCAGAACUUGAUGACAGGGCGGAUGCCCUCCAGGCCGGGGCCUCCCAGUUUGAAGCGAGUGCUGGCAAACUGAAGAGGAAAUUCUGGUGGAAGAAUUGCAAGAUGUGGCUGAUACUGAUUGCAGUUAUAGUUGUAAUCAUUAUAAUAAUCAUAGUAUACGUAGCCACAAAGUUGAAGUCUGAUGACACCACCCCUGCAACUCAGAAUCCUUCGACUAUUGCCCCUGCCCCUACCGCAGUCAAACCAGCCCAGUGAUACCUGAGUGGUCCCUGUGAACAACUUGUCUUGAUUACCAUGGUUACCUACAAAGGGGAUGGCAUUGAUUGGCCAUACACCUGUAGUAAGAAAGAUGAAUUAGAUUUUCCUUUACAUUGUUGUUACGUUGUCAUUUUGAGAAAGUUGAGGACUUAGUUUGUUUAAUUGUUUUUUGUGUGUGAACAUAUAUCAUAGUCAUGUGCAAUUUUGUAUGGAUUUGUGAACUAUAGUUGAUACUGUAUUAAGAAAUUUGUUAUAUAGCUUAUCCAGCCAAUAUUUCACCUAUUUAGUAUGUACAUGGAACACUACUGUUUGUCAGGAAAUGUGAUAAUACGGAUACAUGAACUAAUCUAUAUUUUUGUUGGUGGGAUUUCUUCAUGGUCAUCAUUAGCAUCUGUUAAGCAAGAAUUUAUUGUAUCUGAUUAAGAACUCUCAAGAAGACACUACAGUUUUACACUACCCACAAUUUAUCAUCUCUGGAAAAAAUUGUGCUGUGCUCAGUGCAAAGGAGGUUUAAUGCAUGUGCAUAAAGUGUCAUCCCAGAAUAGCCAGUGCGAACUAGUCCGCAGGGCUAAAUAGGGACGAUACUUUAUGCCUAAACUAAAUUUUUGCUAGGAAGAGACUUUCUUUGAACGAAAAUAUCAUAAAAGCGGAAAGUGUCGUCCCUGAUUAGCCUGUGUGGACUGCACAGGCUAGUAUGGGACGACACUUAAUGCACAUGCAUUAAGCCCCCUUUUCACAGAGCAAGGCUCAAUUGUAUUUUGUCAAAGGCAUGAUUGUAUGCAAACGUCAUUAGAAAAUGGUUACUCCUUUAAUUUCACAAUAAUUAUGGUCUGUAGGGCCAUGAGAUCUGUUAUAUGUAUAUGUGUCAAUAUAUAUGUUAUGAUUAACAUUCCAAAUCUGUGAAAUUAUCAUCAAACCUAAUUGAAAUCCAGUGCUGCUAGUGUUAUAGUUUGGAAGUCAGAAACAUAAAGAAGAAGUGACAAUCUUAAGAUGACAAGGGAAAACUUCACUGUUACUCUUUUUCUUCCUCAAGAUAAGCUCUCAUUGCCAUUCUAAGUAUUCUUUUCAUUAUUACACACUUAAAAUUCAACCUUUCCCAAUGGUUACAUGAAUGGUUUGUGACUAAUUUCCAUGAAUGAAAUCAAAUGAUUGUUUUGUAUUGCCCUUCUCUUCAGCAUAUUACCUAAUUUCUUUAAUUUAAUUAUGCUAAAUAAAUAUUUUUUUGUUUCAAUAUUUUAUUUUUAACACUUGUUGAUCAAAAUCAUUCUGUUAAUAGCGAAACAGGGUUAAAUAUGUUUUAAUGUGUUUGGUGGCCUGUGUGUGACUUGUGUUUUUGUUGUAAUAUUUACACUGAAAAUUAAAUAUUUAGAAAGUCUAUGUCUACAUCAGCUAGAUUUGUAUAAAUGACAGUUGAGCAUAAUGAUUCAUCUGAUCUUGUUGUUAAGAAAUUUCUGAUAAAUAAUUUUGUUGACGUCAUUAACAUAAAGCUCUAUGAAUCCUGUUAUGGAAUUUGCUCUGUAUUAGUUAUCUCAUGUCUCUGCAUGACUGACUGUUUGCUUGUGGACAAAUGAAUAUCAAAUACAUAUACAUACAAUAGAUGCAAUAUGUAUUUUAGUUGGCACACUUAUAUUUGACAGUUUAUAUUUAUAAUUGAGAAAUACUUUUGUCAAAAAGAACUAAGGGUUUUAUAUUUUUUUAGGAUUGUUGAAAGCAUUCUAACAAUAAAUGAUAAGCAUUUUCCUUAUUAAAAUGAAAAGCUUAUUUAAAAAAAAUACAGCUAAAAUUACUACACCAUUAAACAGUAUUAUUAUAUACUAGCAAUUUUCCAUUAAAUGAUUAAAUUUUAUUAUUGGAAUCUCAAAGUGGCAUUUAAAAAGUCAAUUAUUAAUUGUUUUUGAAGCAUAUAUAAAUCUUUUUGUACUUACAGGCACAUAAAAUAUGGUUAAGCAGUAAAUUAAUUAAAUGUUAAAUUGUGAUUUGAAUAUAAUUAAACAAGGUGUCUUUGGGAAAUGUGUGUAGUGUUGGAAACCUGUUUUUUGGGUGAGGCCAUUCAAAAGCAUUUUUUAUAGGAAAGAUAAUACCGGUACAUCUAUCAGGUUUUUUUUCCUUUUUCGAUUAUCAACGUUUCACCUUAAACAGUAACACAUUCAUGUUAUCAUCUUGUUUAUUUGUUUUUUUUAUUUUUUCACUUAUCAAAUACUAUCCUGGCAUUUUGGUUGCAAAACAGAACCUGUUAUGAUGGGGUCUUGCAAAUCCUGGCAAAUUUGGUGGCACAUUUUAUCAUAAAACAUCAUUCAAAAUUCAUGUCAAAUUUAAAUUUGAAUACAGAAAUGCUUCAUGCAAUCAGUUGACAAUGUUAUGCAUCAUUUUUGCAUGACAUUAUUGUUUCGUUUGGUUGUAAUUCGCAUUCAUGUUUAAGUUAUGAUUUGUUCUAUUUUGUUAUUAGAUUUUUAUGCUUAUUUAACAGUUUGCUUAUUUGUUUACCAAUUGUGUUAUUACUUUUGAAAUAGGAAUUUUUUUUAAUAUCCUAACUACAAAAAAGGUAACACACCUGAAUUAAUACCACCAAAAACAACCUGAACAUGAUAGAGGUUAAGCAUUUCAUUUACCUGAACCGUAAAUUGUUUAUCGGAUGCAAAACGAAAGAGGGCUCCUUAACCACUUGGUCAUGAAACUUGGAAAUGAAUUGUCAACUGUAUGAAAGUGAUGAGGAGUUUGCCAAAAUAUUGAUCAGAGUGUCUCAAACGCAAUAAUGAUUGUCGGUUUGUCAGUCCAUCUAUAGAACUGCAGUUUAUGUCUGUGGCUGAACUGAAAAAGGGACAUAAAAAAUGCCUCCUGCUUAACCCAUUUAUGUCUAG